UGGAGAAAUUACAACUUCAAUACUCUAAUAUUUUUCAGAAUUAUUUUUGGCACUGGGAAGCUGAAUAUUCUUCUCUUUCUGGAGUCAUCAUAUGUAAAGAUUGUCUAAGGCUUUGUAAAACCAUUGCUCAAUAAGCUGGAACAUGGAUGCACAGCUAGACCCCAUGAAGGAUGACCUGCCCUUAAUGGCAAACACUAGCUACAUGCUUGUAAAGCACUAUGUGUUGGACUUGGAUGUGGAUUUUAAAAGUAAAGUUAUUGAAGGCAGCAUAGUUUUAUUCUUUGAGACUGGGAGCCGGUACCAGAAAACCAGCAGUCCUGGCAAAGAAUGCUGCCAGUCAGAGUUUGAUCAGUGCUGUGAAACGAGGGCAUCUGAACCCUGCCACGUUCCUGUGGCAAGUGUGAGCGCCUGCUCAUCCCAAAUGGAAUACAAUGGUUGUGCUGUCAGUGGUAAAGGUGAAGAGGCAACCAGGUUACCAUCUCCUGAUGAAAAUGGUAACCAUAGCAACAAUGAACAGGCUUCUGGGAUUUCUGGUUCAAAGGACAGCUGCGACAGAGAGAAUCACGGGAACGAGGAUUUUGUGCUGGUGUUGGACUGCUGUGAUUUAUCUGUGCUGAAGGUUGAAGAGGUGGAUGUUGCUGCUGUGCCGGGCAUUGAAAAAUUUACAAGGUGUGCCAAGCUAAGUGAUGUUUCAAAGGAGCUGGGAAGUGUCAGGAAUGAAAUUGUACAUGAACUUGUGACUCUACCUGCGAAUCGCUGGGAGGAACAGCUAUCCUAUUUUACUGAUUGCAGCCAGGCACCCGGCUGUGGAGAGCUUCUGUUUGCCACCGGCCCUUGGAGCUUGGAGGUGAGGAAAUCAGGGAUUCAGACUCCGUCAGACUUCCCUCACGCGAUAAGGAUACGGUACAAAACCAACCCAGAGGGAAGAUCUGUUUCGUGGACUGCAGAUCAGAGCGGCAAGCCGUGUGUUUAUACGAUGGGAUCACCAAUAAACAACAGAGCCCUUUUCCCAUGCCAAGAACCACCCAUUGCCUUGUCGACAUGGCAAGCCUCUGUCCGAACAGCUGCAGGCUUUGUCGUGUUAAUGAGUGGGGAAAACUCAGCAGAACCAGUCCGGCUUCGAGAAGAUGUCUUGAGCUGGUACUACUAUGUGUCCAUGCCCAUGCCAGCAUCCACCUUCACUCUUGCUGUGGGGUGCUGGCAGGAAGUUAAACAGCAGUCCCUCACAGCUGCUACUCAAACAAACACUGAGUUUUCAUUGCCAUCUUUACAAGCUGAUUCCAGGUGGCACGAAGGAACGUGUGGCCACGUGGAGUAUCCCUGCCGUUUCCACCACCCUGCUGCGGGCUGGCAGGCGGUGAUUCCUCACAGGGUGUUCUCCCCACGGAGCCUCGUGGAGCGCUGCGAGGAGCGUUUGCUGCCGCUGAUCCCCCAGUGCCUCUCGGCUGCUUACACCACCCUGGGGACCCACCCCUUCUCCAGGCUCGAUGUCCUGGUAGUCCCUUCCAACUUCUCCAGCCUGGGAAUGGCUAGCCCACACAUCAUCUUCCUGUCACAGAGUGUCCUGUCAGGAGGGAGCCAUCUCUGUGGAACGCGUCUGUGCCAUGAAAUUGCUCAUGCUUGGUUUGGACUGGCCAUUGGUGCUCGUGACUGGACUGAGGAGUGGAUAAGUGAAGGGUUUGCCACUUUUUUAGAAGAUGUAUUUUGGGCCAGGGCACAACAGCUCCCACAUGAUGAAGUGAAAGGGCAGCAGGAGCUGAGAGCUUUACUUCGCUGGCGCCGCCUCAGGGACGAGGUACAAAACUCUGAAGAAGAGCUACAAGUUUUAAGGCCCAACAAGGAGAGCACAGGAGAACUGAGUGAGUCUGGAGCAUCUGUUGUCAAAUACGGUCUUAAAGCAGAAAAAAUCUUCAUGCAGGUUCACUAUUUGAAGGGUUACUUUCUGUUGAGGUCUCUGGCAAGGACGAUAGGAGAGGCCUCGUACCUUGCGUCCUUGCAAAAAUUCGUCCGUAAGUUCCACGGGCAGCUCGUCCUUUCUCAGGAUUUCCUUGGCAUGCUGUUGGAAGACAUCCCUAAACAAAAAAAGUCCGGGUUAACUGUUGAAAGCAUCUUCCAGAACUGGCUUGACACUUCUGGAAUCCCAAAGCCCCUGCUGGAGGAGGUCGGGACGUGGAAGGAGUGCCAGCUCGUCCGGCAAGUGAGCGGCGAGGUCACAAAAUGGAUUCAGACAAACCAGAGGGUCAGAAAAAGCAGCAAAAAGAAAAGAAAGCUGGAUGAAGAAACUUUCCAGAAGCUUCUCCCUGACCAGCUGGUCUUACUUCUGGAGUCUCUCUUGGAGGAGAAGACACUGUGUCCUAGAACACUGCAGUGCUUGGAGAGAACGUACCAGCUCCGGGAGCAGGAUGCUGAGGUUCGUCAUCGGUGGUGUGAACUUGUCAUUAAACACAAGUAUGUGCCUGGGUAUGCAGAUGUUGAGAGAUUUCUCAGAGAAGAUCAGGCUAUGGGGGUGUAUCUCUAUGGUGAAUUAAUGGUGAAUGAAGAUGCAAAACAACAAGAACUUGCACGUAAAUGCUUUGCUUCGGCACAAGAACACAUGGACGCGUCCUCAGCCAAAGUGGUGGCAGAGAUGUUGUUCUGAAGAGGAAAGAUCACAGAGAAACUCUUUUAAUAGAUCUUCUACUAAGCCCCGAUGGUAGCAGGAUUUCAUUGACCCAGGACAUCAAAGGAAGGAUUAUGUGACUGCUAAAACAAUCAGAUGGGAGAAAUAUUUACGUUUCUGUGCUUCCAGAGGAUUACUGUAACUGAGACCACAUGCACACAAAACAAACUACACACACACACACACACGUGUUCCUCUGGCUUUAGGUGAUUCUUUGAUUCAGGACAUUUGGGGUUUGUCCUUGGCCUUUGGUAAUACAACCAUUCCAGUUUGCAGGUACCAAGGACUCUUGAUUUGAACAAUUUAUGCACUGCAGUAAUGUGGACAUUCUGAAAUUUGAUUACAUUGUGUUGUGUACUUAAAUUUUUGCUUGUAACUUCUUUGUCAUAAUGAAAAACGCCCCACAUAAAAUUAUCAGGAGCUGAGAUGGGAUAUUAACUACAAGCAAAAAUAAUCUGUGGAAAGUGACCUAACAUCAUCCUGGUGAAGGGAUGGGACUGAAGGAAAAACAAAGAUCAGCAUUUUCUCUCUGCGAUGUUUAGGUUAAAUUUUACCAGAAAUGUCAGACUUGUAAAGUGUCUUUUAUACCCCUGUGCUGCUCCUUUUGCACAAUGAUAUGUCAGCUGUAGCUCUUCUUCCCUGAUCAGUGGAGCACUACACUUCUGGAGACAUUUUAAUUGUUCCUUUCAGAGAGUAAGAACUUAAAGCACAAAAAUCUGUGAACAUAUUUCCUUUGUACUCUAUUGUUGUACAUAAAAUGAUCUUGUAAAAAUAAAUACUUUU